GCCAUCAUGGCGCACGGAUUGUUGUCAAAACUUUCCCCAAAUUUCAAUGUUUAAUCCUCUCGUAAUAAAUGAAAUAAAAAUCACCAUUGAUUCUUCCAAAAAAAUGUGUUAGCCUCUCUCAAUACAGAAUUUACGUUCAGACUCACUGGGAUAAAUUAGUAACCUCAAUCCUCCAAGAAAUAGUGAAAUAUAUUGGGUUCGUGCUCCUCGUGGGAAUAAAUUGUGAGUUCGAGUGAAAUUGUUGUUGUUUUUAUUUUUUUUUCAUGACAAAUUAAAUACGUGACAUCAUGGUGAGGCUGACUGAGGAAAUGGUUGUGGCCAGGUCACGAAUUUCCGAUCUCACUGCUGUGAAAAAACUCAAUUGCUGGGGAUCAGAGUUGACUGACGUCAGUAUCCUCCGAGAAUUGAAAAAAGUGGAGGUGCUCUCAUUGAGUGUCAAUAAUAUCAGCAGCCUAGCGGAUUUUCAGUACUGCUUGAAUUUGAAGGAUCUGUUCGUGAGGAAGAAUAAUAUUACUGACUUGAACGAGAUAUGUUAUCUUCAAAAUUUGCCAAAUUUGAGGAAUCUGUGGCUGGGGGAGAAUCCGUGUGCAGAAAGAGAUGGGUAUCGUAUGGCAGUCAUAAGGGCCCUGCCAAACCUAGAGAAGCUAGAUGACAAAUUUGUAACUGCUGAGGAGUUGAAUACGGCCUUAUCCAGGGGAAAAAUUCUCGUACAUCCUCUUGAGAUGGACGCCUCACCCCCUCAAUCAGCCCUAGCAAGUCCUGAGGAAACAGCUGAGUUCAUUGAGGAAGCUGAGCCUGAACCCAACAGGAGAUACAGUUCAUCGAGUGAUCAAAGAAGUUAUGAGGAAACGCACGGCCACGAUGAAUACACCGACAGGAGGAAUGCUAAUUACAAUGCAUCAUCUCCAAAUCAGUACUCACAAAAUAAUCAUUAUAAUUAUGAGACUCAGAAUGGCCAAACGAAGGCAUCUACUCGUGAUGAGGGACUGAGAAUGGAGUCCAGGAAUGGGGAGAAUUUGCCCACUAACACUAUUGAGCUUGGGAAGGAGUACGACGACAGACCAGUGCUAUCUCGUCACAAUGGUGACUAUGACGAUCGUCGCUACGAGUACCCUCUCCCCCAGGAGGCGCCCUCACGAGGUUGCCAAGCCCCCACGUCCCCUCGAUCAAGCUAUCCAACAGUGGAGUACGUCGACGAGAGGAGAUCAUCAAGCUACGACUACGAUGAUGAUCCCAAUGCACCGCACCCCCUCGCCACCUCUCAGCCAUCCACCGCUCGACGACAAUACUCAUCCCACCAGAAUCUCGAGAGGGAGGAGAGCAGAGAGAUGCCAGGAUGGGUCAGACACUCCGACAAGGAAAAAUGCAGAUACCAUUAUCAUCGACGACCCGUCACCAGAAAUUCCAAUAUUCUUUCGGCGGUUUUGUGCCUCGUUAAGGAGCUGGAUUAUCCCUCCCUGGAGGUGGUGGAGAUGGCGGUGAGGAACAGGAUGGAUGAGCUGGAGGAAUGAUGCAUCUGACGCCGUCCCCACGGCAUCAGGGGAUCGGCGGACAUCUUUUCCAUCAGGAAAAUGGGUACAGAGAUGAGAUUUUCACCUCAGAGUUCAGGAAAAAUUCAUGCCAGAUCACCAAGUCCACAAUUUUCAGACUCGCUGGACACCUUGAUACCGUUUGAGAGUUCUUGCGAUCUUCAGAGGAGUUCUUCUGGGAUUUUUCGG